AUUCAUAGCAGUCACGCUAUUGUUGAUUUACUUGGUAUGUCUGCGGCUACGUCCUCACUUUUCGCAUUCUUUGCAUUAUCCAAUCAAUUGACUCCAAAUUUUUUUUAUUACAGAUUUUCCACAACAAGGAAUUUACAAUGUUUUAAUUCUAGGAUGUCGGACUCGGCUGAGCCCGUGCGAACACUGAAAUGUGUCUUGGUGGGAGAUGCUGCAGUGGGAAAAACGUCCUUAAUAGUGUCCUACACAACAAACGGCUAUCCUCAACAAUAUGUUCCUACUGCAUUCGACAAUUAUUCAGGUACAUUAUUGAAGAAUCUUUAUAUGUAAAU